AUGGGGACAGGAUUGUACAUCAGCAAAGCAGUGCUAAUAACCUGUAUGGUUGCAGCCAUCGGUGCUGCAGCCACCAUCAUAGCCCUGUCUGUGGUUUACUCUCAGGAAAAGUCAAAGAAUGAGGUACUGACACCUCCAUCCACAGCCAUCCCAGGCACCACUGCCUCUACUACGCCCUCCACUCCAAAGGAGCCCUGGGACUUCUAUAGACUUCCAGACUCACUUGCUCCUGUCUCCUACAAUGUGACCCUGAGGCCACGGCUGACGCCCAACGCAGCCCAACUGUACAUCUUCACUGGACAUUCCUCAGUGAUCUUCAGAUGUGUCAAGGAGACCGACCUCAUCAUCAUCCAUUCCAACAAGCUCAAUCUCACAAAAUUUGAUGGAUACCAUGCCAAGCUGACUGGCCUGAAUGGAGCCACUGCACCCAGCCUGAAAAGCACCUGGCUAGUGGUUCCCACCCAGUAUCUGGUGGUCCAGCUCAACAGCAAGCUUCAGGCUGGCAGCAUGUACGAGCUCUUCACCGAUUUCGUUGGAGAGCUAGCCGAUGACCUGGGUGGAUUCUACAGGAGUGAAUAUAUGGAAGAUGGAGUGAAAAAAGUUGUGGCCACCACUCAAAUGCAGCCAACCGAUGCCAGGAAAGCCUUCCCCUGCUUUGAUGAGCCUGCUAUGAAAGCUGUCUUCCACAUGGUUCUCAUUCACCCCCAGGAUACUGUGGCUCUGUCCAAUGGCAUGAACUACGACCCUGUUAACGUCACUAUCGGUGGCGAGAAAUUAAUCCAGACAAGCUUUGCGGCCACUGAGAUCAUGUCCACCUAUUUGCUGGCUUUUGUUGUAUGUGACUUUACAUACAUUGGGACAAAACCGGGCGCAGAAGUUUUGAUCAGGAUCUGGGCUCGCAGGAAGGCCAUAGAGGAGGGCCAGGGAGACUAUGCCCUGAAUAAGACUGGACCAAUACUGGAGUUCUUUGAGAACUACUACAACUCUCCUUACCCCCUGACCAAGUCAGACCAGAUUGCUCUACCUGACUUCAGUGCUGGAGCCAUGGAGAACUGGGGUCUCAUCACCUACAGAGAGACCGCCCUAUUAUAUAAUCCUGCCGUGUCGUCCAAUGGAGACAAGGAGUGGGUGGCUACAGUCAUCUCCCAUGAGCUCGCUCAUAUGUGGUUUGGGAACUUGGUGACCACAAGGUGGUGGAAUGACUUGUGGCUCAACGAGGGAUUUGCCACCUACGUUUCAUAUCUUGGAGCCCAUUAUGCUGAACCAACUUGGAAUAUGAAAGAUUUGAUAGUUCUUAAUGAGAUCCUUGGUGUGAUGGGUGUAGAUGCCUUGGCCUCCUCUCAUCCCCUCUCAUCCAAAGAAGAGGACAUCCUGAGACCAGCGCAGAUCAGUGAACUCUUUGACUCCAUCACAUACAGCAAGGGAGCCGCUGUGCUAAGGAUGCUCUCAGAGUUUAUCACUGAGAAGGUCUUCUCUGAAGGACUCCAUACAUACUUAGAGGAAUUCAAGUAUAAAAACACAGUCUACACGGACCUCUGGAGGCACCUCCAAAUGGCAGUGGAUAAAAAUGGUAUAUUGCUGCCCAACUCUUUGGAGGAGAUCAUGAACCGGUGGAUCCUCCAGAUGGGGUUCCCAGUGGUCAAUAUCGACACCAAGACUGGAAAAAUCACACAAGAGCACUUCCUAUUGGACCCAGAUUCUACAGUGAACACACCUUCACCGUUCAAUUAUGAGUGGAUUGUCCCCAUCACAUGGAUUAAGACUGGUGCACCUGAAAAGCAGUACUGGCUUGUUAACAAAGAAGCUACAAACAAUGAAAUGGCUCUUGGCUCUCCUACUGACUGGUUGGUGGGCAACAUAAAUAUGAGGGGAUUCUAUAGAGUCAACUAUGACUCAGAUAACUGGGAGCGUCUCCUUGCCAAGCUGAGCUCCAGCCAUCAGGAUAUUCCAGUUAUCAACCGAGCUCAAUUAAUUGAUGAUGCUUUUAACCUUGCAAGGGCAAAGAGGGUGGACACAACUCUGGCUCUGAGGACUACCAAGUUCCUCAAUAAGGAAAUUGAGUACAUGCCUUGGCAGACAGCCAGUCGCAACUUGGACUACUUCUACCUCAUGUUCGACCGCAGUGAAGUGUAUGGACCCAUGCAGGCAUACAUAAAGAAACAGGUCCAGCCUCUGUUUAACUACUUCAAAGCGAUCACUGACAACUGGACCAAGAUCCCAGACAGUCACACUGACCAAUACAACCAGGUAAAUGCAAUCUCCAUGGCCUGCAGCACUGGAGUGGAAGGCUGUAAAGAGUUGACUACUGGAUGGUUCAAAGAAUGGAUGAACAACUCCUCUAAAAACAUCAGUCCCAAUUUGAGGUCCACAGUGUACUGCAGUGCAAUUGCAGAUGGAGGAGUGGACGAGUGGAACUUUGCUUGGUCCAUGUACAAGAGUGCUACCAUUGCUUCAGAAGCCGAUAAACUCAUGUACGCUCUGUCCUGCACCAAAGAGCCUUGGCUGCUGAACAGGUACCUAGAAUAUUCCCUGAACCCAGAAAUGAUCCGUAAGCAGGAUGCCGGCUCCACCAUUGUCUACAUUGCUGGUAACCCCAUUGGUCAACCGCUGGCAUGGGACUUUAUCAGAAGCAAGUGGGACCACAUUUUCAAUGACUACGGUGGUGGUCUUUCCUUUGGAAGACUAAUCAGUGGAGUGACCAGACGAUUCUCCACUGAGUUUGAGUACAAUCAGCUGGUGCAGUUCAAAGAAGACCACGGAGGACAGUUUGGUUCGGCCACCGCAGCACUUGAGCAGUCGCUGGAGAGAACUAAGGCCAACAUGAACUGGGUGGACAUGAACAAGAAAAAUGUGCUUGACUGGUUCAAUAAUGAAGCCUCUUCUUCUUCAUUUUAA